AUGCAAUUCUCUCUUCAAUCUGUUCUCGCUCUGGUAGGCCUUGCCUCUGCCAGUUCUCGGUGGCCCGAGUCCCAUCCUUGGGUGCCUGCCGGGCCAGGAGACUACCGCGGCCCAUGUCCGAUGAUGAAUACACUUGCAAAUCACAACUUCCUGCCUCAUGAUGGCAGGAACCUCACCCGGCCCACGGUUGUGGAUGCCCUAGGCAAGGCUCUGAAUUUCGACGCCGGCCUCGCCAAUACAAUGUUCGAUAUGGCUAUUAUUGCCAAUCCAAUUGAGAACGCGACUUACUUCACCCUGGACCAUCUAAACAGGCACAAUGUCCUAGAACACGACGCCAGCCUCAGUCGUGCAGAUAGCUACUUUGGUUCAAACCACAUCUUCAACGCGACAGUCUUCGCUGAAUCCCGUGCCUUCUGGACGAACUCCACCCUGACCGCUGACAUGCUCGCCAACAGCAAGAUUGGGCGCCAGAUCAUGUCCAAGGCUUUCAAUCCCACCUACAGGUUCACUAAUACUACAGAACAGUUCAGUCUCGGCGAGAUUGCGGCCCCGAUUAUUGUCUUUGGGGAUAUGGAUGCUGGGACUGUGGAGAGGAACCUGGUGGAGUAUUUCUUCUUGAAUGAGCGUCUUCCCACAGAGUUAGGAUGGAGUGCGAAGAAAGAUACCAUUACCGUGGAGGCCAUCAUGGGCGUCUCAGCGAUGAUCAACAAGGCUGCGAGCUUGAUUACGGAUUCUGACUCGGACUCUGCUGCACAUAAGAGAAGGGGAGAUCUUCAUGCUGGGUUGGGAUUUUAG